AUGCAUGUUCGGAUUUGGGCCUUCCAGCUCCGAGGUGACACGCCCUUAGCUGAAAUCCCCUCCUCAUCGCCCUCUCAGCAGCCGCUCGCUCAAACGGCGUCCUGCACUCCGGCUUCUUCCUCUUCUCCCUACUGCAGGCUUCUUCCUCUUCUCCUCACUGCAGUGCUGCUCCGCUCUUCCCUUCCACUCCACCCCUCCAACCCCCCAUCAGGCUGCAGGUCCCCUCACCAUACGUCUGCUGCCAUGCCUUCUGCUGCAGCGGCUGUUCAGUGCUCGUUCGCAUUCAACCAAUUACUUCCCGUUUCUCCCUUUUCUUGCUGUCCCCAUCCCCUCCACCUACCCCCUCCCCCUCUCCCCUCCCUUCCCUCCCCUCCCUCCCCUUCUCCCCCCUCCCAGGCUCCUCCCCAUCCUCCUCUCCACCGCCCUCUGCUGCCUCUUCUCCUUCUCUCUCCUCCUCUCCUUCCAAGCCUUUGCCUUCACCCAACUAAGCCCCUUUUCUCUUCCGUUGCUUCUGCCCCCCCGCCCUCCCCCCUUCCCCCCCGCCCCUUCUUCCCCCCAUUCCCCCUCCCAGGCUCCUCCCCAUCCUCCUCUCCACCGCCCUCUGCUGCCUCCUCUCCUUCUCCCUCCUCCUUUCUUUCCAAUUCUUCGCCUUCACCCAGUUCUGCCGCCCUGCUGCUGCUACCAGUACGUCCCAAGACGUUCCCCCCUGGUGCUUGGACUCUGUUCCCUACAUCUACGGCUAUGUGCAGCGCAAGUACUGGUGAGGGGGUUAUGUGCAACAUUUGCUUUCUCUCACCUUCUGCUGCCCUGCUAGCACCAAAACCCCUCAAGACGUUCCCUCCUCCGUUCUCAGUAGUCUCAAAUUUGAAAGUUGAAGGGAGAUCCCUCCUCAUCUACGGCUACGUGCAGCGCAAGUACUGGUGA